AUGGCUCAAUUUUCUCCGGACAAUCGAGACCUCGUGCUCUAUCUGGUCACAAAACACUCAUGGAAGGGAAAGUACGUCUUUUCAUAACUGAAUGACGGCCGCGAACCGAACGUUCUUGCAGGUACAAGCGGGUUUUCUCGAUCGGGACAUUGGCCAUCUCCACUUACAACCCAAAUAAUAUGGAAAUCACCAACCAGGUGAACACAUUCAUCCGGAAACUAACAUAUGAAAACUGGAUGUGUUUCAGUGGCUCUAUGAAGAUUUUGUGUCCGUGAAACCAUUCCGUACCAAUGAAUCUCGACAAGAGGAGUAUAAAAUUCGUGUGCGAACUCGCGGUGGGCGAGGGACGGACGAGAUGCGUUUCUCUUCCGAAUACACAAGAGACAUUCUCACGGAUUGUCUUCAGUUCCGCACGAAAUUUGCUGAGACCAGCUUCAAUCCCAUGGUAAUUUACAGUUUCUAAAAGGAAUUAGGACUUUCUUCCAGACAGUGACCGCGUUCAAACAAAGUUGGAGUGAUCGUCGUAUUCCGGUUACUCUUCGGGCGAAUGCGGCAUCUCUCGAGCAGAUUGAUAAUCGAGGUGUUGUUGUGCAGGCUUAUCCAUACAAAAACAUUCGAAGCAUCGGAAAAGUUUCCGAUUGCCCAGGCGCGAUUGUCGUGGAUAUGGGAGAGCAUCGGCGGCGGGUUAGUUAAAAUUAGAAACCAACAUAAUUUAUUGGAAAUUCUUCAGCACAUGUUUGCCUCUCCGAAUCAUGAAGACCUGGUGCAAGAAGUCCGUCGUCUGGCAGCCGAAAACGUGGGAAUUUCGGUUCCGAUUGCAAAGGAGCAACUUUCUCUCGACGAUUUCAUGAGAACCCGACUGGGAUUGUGCAGCCGCGACGAAGAACUGACGUCCUACACAGAGUUCAAAGUGUCUAAGCUCACUCGCAGACAGGACGAGGCAGUUCGUAGACUGCUUUGUCUCAGCGAGACGUGCAUCAUCGAACGAGAUCCCGCCACGUAUGCCGUCAUUUGUGCGACUCCUCUGAAACAUGUGAUCGAGUAAUACUCAGAAGUGAUAUCGAAAAGUAACAUUUCAGAUUGUUUGCCUUGUCCGAAGUGAGAUCGACCCACAGCAAUUCAUAGUUGAGUACGAGAACGGAGACGGACGGGCUUACCUAGCCCCGGAAAGAGAUCUGAUUCUGGCCUCACUGCUCGACGGAAUCCGCGCUUCUGGAAACAACGAAGUGUUCGUGUGUGGGCACCGGGUCGACCGACAUCUCCGGCUGAUUCCAUUAACUUCUACGCUGGACGAAGACAGCGAAUCACUGUGCAUGAAGCAUAUCAUUGCCCCGCCACGUAGGUGUUUCCGGAACGAAAUAAGAGCAGAUCCUGAUUUCAGCGGGUGUUCGUCGUUCUGAGCUCAUUCGAAGAUUCAAUGCGAACAUUCCAUAUUCUGGAUUAAGAUUCUCAAAGUCGCAUGAUGGCUUCUUCUCCGAAAACAAAGGAAAAGUAAUAGUGAAUGCCAUUGAAGCCGUCCUCGCGGAAAACUACACGAAAGAUGACAGGGAGUACAAGAGGAAGACAGAAUCUCAAUUGCAAUGUCUACGAAGGCUGUUCGCGUCUAAGAGUGGCUUCCAGGCAUUUACGGAAGUCAACGGAGUCCGGGAGAAGCUUGGCAGUCUGGUUGUUCGUGUUCUCUCUUGGAAAUCAGAAUCAAUCGACCAUGCGACCGUCGAAGCCCUCUGUGCUCUGAUGUACCCGAUGCACGACCAGUACGAGUUGAGAAUAGAACAACUUAACAAGCAGAGUCUGAUGAGCAGUCCGAAAUUCGUGGAAAACCUACUUGACCUCAUCGUUUCUCAUGUGGAUCGAUCGACCGGUUGGCUUGUUAUCGCUUCGAUGCUCAACUUCCUUACGUUCUCUGUCUGCUCGCCUUAUUCAGAAACUACUUCCGGUGACACCUUCGAUCAUAUUCUGAAGCUCGUCUCCGCUCGAGGUCGCAGUUUCUUCCGACUUUUCCAGUGCCCCAGCAUGACAAUUGUGAAAGGAGCUGGAAUGGUUAUGAGAGCAAUCAUCGAAGAAGCCGAUGUGGAAACUUCAAAGUCCAUGCAAAUGCUGGCUCUUUCGGAGGGCGCUUUCCUCACCCACCUCUUCAUGUCUCUUCUGUCAACGGGAAAGGAUUUGAGAGUGAUAACAAAUCGGCAAUUGUCAGGUCAUCUGAUCAGUCUUUGGAUAGCCGACAACCAGCCAGCCAACGAUCUUCUCAUUCGAAUCUUGCCACGAGGGCUUUUGAACUUUCUGGAAUCAGAAGAGAAAGUUCCGCUGUCCGAAAAGGACUUGCUGAUUGUACGAAAUAAUUUGACGGCGGCAACACAUGAAUCGAAGCAGAAUGCGAUGAAAGAGAAGUUCGAUCAGUUCAGAGUGACCGCAGAAGCUGGUUUGGAAAGAUUUGUUCAGCAUUGGGAUCUCGAACAGAAAUUGAAUUUCCUCCCGAAGAGAGUCAUUGACGUAAUGCGAAAAUUGCCAAUUAUCAUUGAAUUCAAUUUUACAGGAAAAACAGCAACAAAGACAACAACCAGUUGUACUCCGAAAAAGAAGAAAUCGUGUGCGCCCGAAUGUAAACUGGAAGUUAUUUGCCUAUCAAUUCGGAAAAGAUCACUCACAGGCGGAUCUUAUUUGGAAUGAAAAGACGAGAGAAGAGUUCAGACACGCGAUGGACACGGAAAUUAGGACACUUGCGAGCGAGAAGGAACAAGCACCGACCGGGCUGCCGAUAGCGUGGAACCACACGGAGUUUCAGGUGAAAUUCGACGCUGCUUAGCUUGGGAUAAAUAAAAAAUUUCAGAUUCGUUAUCCCUCUCUUUUGGAAGAAAUCAAAAUCGGUGAUUACUAUUUGAGACUUCUUCUUUUUGAGGCCGACGAGAACGCUACUCCAAUCCACAAUCCGUUCGUCCGAUUUCUUCUGUUUUCUCUAUGUACACUUGUUCCAGAUCGGAAUUCUUCAACAAUGUCUAUCACUGUUUUCUUCUUUCCCAGAAACCCGACAUGAAGUGUCUCUGUCUUCGUGCAAUGGCUGUCACCUACGCCCGCCAUCACAUGACGAUCGGAGCUUUCCAAGAUGCCAAGCACUUUGUGGACAUGCUCACUAAAUGUAUCAAUCCCCUGGAAAGGGAUCAUUUGGUUCUUCUUCUCUCAAAACUUGCACUGAACAAGGAGAAUGUUCGAGAACUGAUUGUGGCCAACAUUCUGCCGUUGCUUGUCGAUCUCGCUGUGCUUGCUCAUCUGCACGUUCAAAGAGCAAUCGUGCAAAAUCAGACGAAUGUUAUCGAAGCGAGCGCGGAGCAGAUUCGAGAAGGCGGUUCGGAGGAAUGGUAUUAUCACGACAAAGAGGCCAAACAAAUCGGCCCGUUGUCGUUUGAGACGAUGAAGAAUAUGUAUCAGGAGAAGACGAUAUUCGAGAAGACGCAGGUGUGGGCGGCCGGGACGGACAAAUGGCUCAAUCUGUCCGAUGUUCCACAAUUCCGAUGGACUGUCUGUCAACAAAAAGAUCAGCUGAAGGAGAUCGACGGAGGAAAGGGACCAUUCCAAGCCACCGUUCUCAACUUCACGGAUCUCAGCGUUCUCUGUCUCGAUACCAUUCUCCAGAUGUGCGAAUUCUUCCCUUCGAGGUCAGUGAUCAACAAAAGUGUUCUAAUACACUUCAUGAGUUACAGAGACGAGCAUGAUUGUGUUGUUCGGCCAAUGCCAUCGGUCAAGAAGCAGCUGACGGGAUCUGGUCUCCUUAAUCAGCUAGUGCAGCUGCUGCUAACCUACGAACCACAGAUUGUGCAGCGCGUUGCCCAGUUGAUGUACUUGGUUAUGCAGGACAAUCCAAUGCUCAACCGGCUUUACCUCACCGGAGUUUUCUAUUUCAUCCUCAUGUACAACGGAUCGAAUGUGCUGCCGAUUGCUCGUUUCCUCCAUUACACUCACAUGAAGCAAGCCUUCAGAUCCACUCUUCCUCAUCUCGAAGGAACUCGGCAAUCCAUUCUGGCGACUCUCCUUCCGGAAGCGGCCACGUUCUAUCUGGAGCAGUACGGUCCGGAGAAGUACGCGGAAGUGUUCCUGGGAGAGUUCGACAACCCGGAAAUCAUUUGGAACACGGCAAUGCGUCGGCAUCUUAUCGAACGAGUAGCAGUGCACGUGGCUGACUUCUCGCACCGUCUGACCUCGAAUGUUCGUGCUCUCUACCAAUUUUGUCCGAUUCCUCUCAUCGACUAUCCGGAAUUGACGCAAGAGCUCUUCUGCCACGUUUACUACUUGAGACAUCUAUGCAACAAGCAAAGAUUCCCUGAUUGGCCGAUCCGUGAUCCGGUUCCAUUCCUUCGUUCCUGUCUCGCCACGUGGUAUAACGAGCUGGAAAAGAAACCAGCGACAAUGUCUGCCGAUUUGGCUCGCGAACUUCUCUCAAUCGACAUGACGAAUGAAGAGUAAGGGUUCGACUUCUUCCAAUUUGACCGGGUUCGUUUUUAGGCAUCGUCGGCCGGCGUUUAUUCGUCGUCAGUAUUACAAGCUGGCAGCCAAGUACCAUCCAGACAAGAAUCCUGAAGGAAGAGAGACUUUCGAAAAAAUCAACGCAGCGUACGAACUUCUGAGCAGUGAAAGUGCCAUCAAAUCGAACAUGCCAGACUCGCAUCGCAUUGUUCUCUGUCUGCAAGCGCAGUCCAUCAUAUACAGCAGAUACAGUAAAGAACUGUCCGAAUACAAGUACGCCGGCUAUUCGCAGCUCAUCAAGACGAUUGAUUUGGAAGCUAAGGACGAGGCUCUUUUCAUCAAGGGAGGCGGCGAUUUGCUUUCCGCCGCCAUCGAACUUGCCAACUACACACUUAUCAGCAGUGCAUUGAAUGCCGAGCAACUGAGAAGGGACAACGGACUCGAGGCUCUGGUGACUGCUUUCGACCGGUGUGUGCCUAUGGUGACGAUGAGCUCGAAACCGGAUGACAUGCCGGUGCAAGUGUGCAUCCACGUGUGCGAUUGCUUUGCCACUGCGGCCACCUUCGAAGCGUGCCGACAAAGACUCGUCGAAAUGCCGUCCAUCUUCGGUGCUCUCUGCAGACUUCUUCAGUUCUCGGUUUGUGUUUAGUAUUCUUAAUUUCCAUUUUUCUGUGUAUUCAGAAUCUGCCACGUCUGUCUACUGCUUCUGCCCAAUGCAUUCGAGCGAUGGCGGUCGACACUCUUCUGCAGUUCCAGCUCUUUCAGACAGGCGUCCUUUGGCAGCUUGUCCCUCAUCUCUUCCACUUCGACUACACUCUGGACGAAGGAGGUGUCCAGCAUUCGGAAGAAUCGAACAAACAGUCGCUGGCGAAUUCCUUAGCCCGUUCCUCUUCGGAAGCUCUUGCUGCUCUGGCUGGAUUCCGUGACAACACACCAGAUAACGACGGAGUGCAAGCUAGUCUUCGGGCCCUGCUCACUCCGUACAUCUGUCGAUGCAUGCGAGUGGAGACGAACGAUAUGGUUCUGAAGACAUUAAACAGUAAUCUGGAGAAUCCGUACAUGAUCUGGGAUAACGGAACGAGAGCGGAAGUGCUUGAGUUUGUCGAAAGACAUCGCACGUCGAAUGAGCCCACUGUAAAAAAAAUAAAUUCACGUUCAAAUUUAUUUAAUUUCAAUCAUUUUCAGAGUGACUUGUUUGGAGCGGAAUUCGAGCUGUCUGUUCAUAAAAAUGAGUUGAUCGUCGGCGACAUUUUCAUCAGAAUCUACAACGAACAACCUACGUUCGCUCUUCAUGUCAGUGGCGACUUGUCCAAUUCUUCCAAUAAAUUUUGUUUUCAGGAGCCGAAAAAAGUGGCAGUGGACAUGUUGGAUUACAUAAGAAAGAACGCGGAUGAGCUGAUCGGCGUUCCGAAAAAGAAAAAUCCUGAUGAUUUGAUUGACAUUGAUUGGGGAAAUGGACCGAGUGCCAACGGAAACGCAUUGGACACGGAAACGAAAGUGCUGAUGACAUUGACGGCACUUUCGAAUCUCAUUUCUGCGAAUCCAGGUGAGAGAAUACGGUUUCUUUCUUUUCCAACACUUUUCAUACAGGAGCUGUAUUUGCCAACAAAAAGGGUGAGAGCACCGUCGUAAAUCUAGUAAAAGUUUGUUCUGUGUCGUUUAGCUCCUCUGUUUCGGGCCCUGUUCUUUCCUUUCCAUCCUCCAUUCUCCCAUUCUCCUACCGUUCUCAAUUCAGCUCGUUCAGGUGUGGAGAUCCUUCUGAUCGGCAACUUCCCCCUUCUCAUCGCAUAUCUCCGAUGCCGCAAGCAUCCGAAGCUUCAAAUCGCUGCGCUCCAAGUUAUUCUUCUGGCGGCCGUGAACAAGGAAUGCGUGACUGAUCUCUCCACUUGCCACGUCACAACUACUCUUUUCACUCUUCUCCGUGAUCAGCCGAAAAUCAUUGCUCGUGUUCUUGAUGUGCUUAUCGCUUUGUCCUCGAACGGACAGAUUGUGAAGGAAAUGCUCGAACACGGAGGACUCAUGUACAUUCUUUCAAUUCUCUGUCUCACGAACUCCGAUCAGGGACAGAGACUGCAAGCGGCCGAAUUGCUCGCCAAACUGCAAGCGGACAAGCUCACAGGACCUCGCUGGACCCGAUUUAUCAUCAAGUUCCUGCCCGAGAUCUUUGCCGAUGCCCUGAGAGAUUCUCCAACCACUGCGUGAGUUUUCAGGUGCUUUAAUCAAGUAAAAAAAAACCACUUUCAGCCUGCAGAUGUUCGACUCGUCCAACGAGAAUCCCGAAUUGAUUUGGAAUGACGCGACAAGAGUCAAAGUGAAAGGAGUCAUCGACACGGAAGUUGGAAGACUGUACGAACAACACGUGAAAGAUUCGACCGCCAAGUGGAACACCACUUCGUUGGCAGACAAGAGCUGCGCUUACGGAGACAGCAUCAGUGGAGAACUCGUCGUCGGAGGAGUCUUCGUCCGAUUGUUCGUUGAGAAUCCCGGCUGGUCGGUCAGACAUCCUAAGCAUUUUGCGACUGAACUCAUUGAAAAGUAUUGAGGGUUCCCAUGUUUUUGACGUAAAUCACUGAUUCCAGAGUAUUGGAACUGAUGAGCCGACCGACGCCCGAUUUGGAAAUGGUCACGAAAGCGUUUGUGGAACUCGUUCGCCAUCAUCCGAACACAUCUGAUCAGUUGCCUUCGCAGGGUUACCUUCCCCAAUUCUGCACCGCAAUGUGCCUUCAGAACACCUCUGCUUCUCGAUCCGCUAUUCUUAUCCUCCAAGAGCUCAGUGAGAACCAAUUCUGUUGCGACGCUUUGUCACAUUUGCCGUGCAUUGACGGAAUAAUGAAGUCGAUGAAGAACCAGCCGAGUUUGAUGCGCGAGUCCGCCCACGCACUCAAGUGCCUCAUGAAGCGAAACACAGGCGAGCUGGCUCUUCAGAUGCUUAACUGCGGAAUGGUUCCCUAUCUGCUCGAAGUGCUCGACAGCUCGAUGAACGGAGUUUCGAACGGAGCAGCUGCAAGAGCGGAGAUUGUCGACGCACUCAAAAGUGCGAUUCUCGAUCUGAAAGUGGGACAAAAGAUUUCAGAGAUAUUGGAUAAAUCGCCUAUCUGGGCUCAGUUCAAGGAUCAAAGACACGACCUGUUCCUCCCAGCAGCCAGAACUCAAGCCAUCACAGGUCAGAUAAAAUGUAUUCCUCGUUCUCCGUUUACAUCUAAUUUUCAGGCGGUCCAACCGGAGUCGCUGGCUAUCUGACGGAAGGAAUGUUCAAUCCGCCUCCGAUCAGUACUCAGCCGCCUCCGAUCGCACCUCGGCCUCCGAUUUCUCCCACUCAUCCACUUUCUUAA